AUGGACGCGCGCACGGUCUCGUACUCAUCCUCAUCCGCAAACUCCUCGUGGGACUCGGGAACGCGCUACUCACGCACAGCUGCGGCGGGUCUUGCAGCCCUUGUCGCCUUCCUCAUUGUGUUCACGGUGGUGGGAAAUGCGCUGGUGAUGCUCGCAGUGUUGACGAGCCGUGCGCUUCGUGCGCCGCAGAACCUGUUCCUGGUGUCUCUGGCCGCAGCAGACAUCCUGGUGGCGGCGCUCGUCAUGCCUUUCUCGCUCGCCAACGAGCUCAUGGGAUACUGGCACUUUGGGCGUGCAUGGUGUGGUGCAUACCUGGCCCUAGACGUGCUCUUCUGCACCGCCUCCAUUGGGCACCUGUGCGCCAUCAGCCUGGACCGCUAUUGGUCAGUCACUAGUGCCGUCCAAUACAACCUGAAGCGCACACCUCGCCGCAUCAAGGCUGCCAUACUGGCCGUGUGGCUCAUCUCCGCCCUCAUAUCCUCGCCACCGCUCCUCUCCGUGAUGGACCAUGGGUUGGCGCAGGGCACAGAGCAGCUCCCGCAGUGCCAGCUCAAUGACGACACUUGGUACAUUUUAACCUCCAGUUCUGCAUCCUUCUUCAUACCGUGCAUCAUCAUGAUCCUUGUCUACGUGCGCAUUUACAGGGUAGCCAAGACAAGAACAAGGACUGCUUCGGAGAAAAAGCCAAGCCUGGACAACGAGAAUGGUGUCAGCAUUGCCACAUCAGUGGUGAGGAUGAAUGAAGAAAGAGAGAACGGACACUGCCUGGGGACACCAGGCAUAAAUGCAGAACCACAACCAUCAGUCCAGGCAGAGCCAGAACCCACCUCGACUCUGGAGGCCAAAAGCUGGAAGGAGAAAGAUACAACACCAAGCAGAAGCCAGGGCGAAGGCUCAAAACGUGGGUCGUCAUUGGCAUCAGAAACCAGCAGGCGGGCAUCCCGUGCCAGCAGCAAGACCCGGGAUUUGUUCUCAUCUCGGAGGAUGUCAAGUGGACAAAGGAAGAACAGUGGUGGCAGUAGCAUAAGGAGGAGAAGAGCAUCCCAGCUGCGUGAAAAGCGCUUCACCUUUGUGCUGGCUGUGGUGAUGGGUGUCUUUGUGCUCUGCUGGUUCCCCUUCUUCUUUAGCUAUAGCUUGUAUGGUGUGUGCCGCCAAGCGUGCCACAUUCCUGACCUCCUCUUCAAGUUCUUCUUCUGGAUCGGUUACUGCAACAGCUCACUUAACCCUGUCAUCUACACAAUCUUCAACCAGGACUUCAGAAGGGCUUUCCACAAGAUCCUGUGCUCACCCUGGAAGAAAUCCUUCUAG